AUGGUAAGAGUAAUGCAGAAAGAGGAUUGCCAUUUCCGCCGGCUAAGCGACGGGACCCAGAUUCCGUCAGUGGGUCUAGGCGUGUACCAGGUCAGUGAGCAGACGGUUCAAGACCUCGUGUACGAAGCGCUGGAGGUUGGCUACCGACUUUUCGACUCCGCACAAGCCUACCACAAUGAGGACGGUGUUGCCCGCGGCAUUGCAGCGUGGUUAAAGCAUGCGCCGGGGCGGCGCCGUGAGGAUGUGUAUUUCACCACGAAGAUUAACACACAGAACCAUGGCUACGAGGCCACGAAGAAGUCGCUGGAGAAGUCGCUGCAUGCUGCUGGGCCGCUAGGCUACAUAGACCUUGUGCUAGUGCACGCGCCCAUGUCCGACCGCACAAGGCGGCUCGGCACCUGGCAAGCGCUGGAGGAGGCAGUAGUAGAGGGACAAGUGCGGUCAAUUGGCGUUUCAAAUUAUGGUCAGCAACACUUGUCUGAACUACUAGGAUGGGAGGGAUUAAAGAUUCGACCCGUGGUUAACCAGGUAGAGAUCAACCCUUGGUUAUGCCGCCAGGAGCUGGUACAAUACUGUCGUGAAAAUAACAUUGCUGUCCAGGCAUUCUCCCCCCUGAUGCGUGGUAAGCGUCUAGAUGAUCCUAUACUGCAGAAAGUGGCUCAUCAGUACGACAAGGGAGUGGCCCAGAUUCUUGUGAGGUGGUCGAUUCAGAUGGGGUUCAUCGUGUUGCCAAAAACGGCUAAGAAGGAAAGGUUGGCGCCCAAUUUUGAUAUUUGGGAUUUUGAACUCUCGGCCGAAACAAUGUCCGAGCUGACACACCCCGAUGAUUAUUUCGUGACCGUCCCAAGGUGGGAUCCCACGACUUAUGAAGGCUGA